AUGUACAAGUUGGUUGUCAAGAUUACUCGCAUGCUCAUUAGAGAUCUCGGUAGUUUUAGAGAAUCACCGGGAAUCUGUCUUCUGGUUUUUCAAAAGAAAUAUACGGAUUCGUAUAUGAUAUACGGGACCGUAUAUUUCCUACGAUUGCGAAUGAUAAAUCAUUUGCCUACGGAAUCAUCGAAAGCACAGGCAAAUAAUGUCUCAAAAUCGGUAGCGAAUUUAUCACCAGCAAACAGCAUGGACCCUACAAGAAAGCGCUCGUUUCCAGCGGCCGUGAGCGUAUUAACAAACAAACGAAUUGCUACAUUUUCGUCCAAUAACUAUCUUACUGCCCCCAACACUCCCAUAAUUCCUGAGCAUAUGAUCAACGCACUUUAA